AUGGAUGUGAAAGAACGCAGACCUUAUUGCUCCCUGACAAAGAGCAGAAGAGACAAGGAAAGGCGUUAUACCAACUCUUCCACAGAAAAUGAAGAGUGCAGAGUGCCUACGCAGAAGUCCUACAGUUCUAGUGAAACCUUAAAAGCUUUUGAUCAUGAUUCUUCCAGACUGCUGUAUGGAAACCGGGUAAAAGAUUUGGUCCCCAGGGAGUCUGAUGAAUAUAGCAGACAAGGACAGAAUUUUACCCUAAGACAGUUAGGAGUUUGUGAACCAACAACUCGAAGAGGACUGGCCUUUUGUGCUGAAAUGGGGCUUCCCCACAGAGGUUACUCUAUCAGUGCAGGGUCAGAUGCUGACACUGAAAAUGAAGGAGUGAUGUCUCCAGAGCAUGCCAUGAGACUUUGGGGCAGGGGGGUCAAAUCAGGCCGCAGUUCCUGUCUCUCAAGUCGUUCCAACUCAGCCCUUACGUUAACUGAUACUGAGCAUGAAAACAAGUCCGACAGUGAGAAUGGCACUGCUCAGUCCACCCUAUGUUGGAAUACUGCAUAUCAUGAUGAGGAUCUAAUCCUGAUUGGAGAUACUGAAUGCCACGAAAAUACAAGUAAAUAAGAAUAAAGAUAAUGAUAUAAAUAAAUGACAGUAAAAUGCUGCUUCACACGUUUAUUACAAUUCAGUAACCUUAUAUUAUCUUUAUGAUAAAAUUGGGUUUUGACACUUAAACGUACAAUGAAAUAUAAUUUGUACAACAAGGAAAUAUUGUCUGAAUUGUCUUGCUAGGAAAGUAUGCCAGUGAGAGAUAAGUGUGUUCUAAAGUACAGUGCUAGAAUAUAAGAUUAGGAAUUCGUUAUAUUUUGACUUCCUGAUCAACAUCCUUCAAAGCUAAUACCAUGUCUGAUACCGACUUAGAUAACAUAUGCAACACAUAGCAACAUUUUGAAAUGUAUUACUGUAUUUAUUUAUUGUACUUUUUCUAGAACCUAGUAACAGUUCUGUUUUCAACAUUUUAGUAAUGCAUGAUUUCAACAUCAAAAUUCAGGAGCAAAAUAAUUUUUAUUUAUUUCUUUAAAAAAUAACAUAAAUAUGAUAGCAGUAAAUGUCUGGGAGACAAACAGUUAUUCCAUUGUUAACACCCAGCCCCCAAACCCCAAAACAGUGAAUUUAGGCUCUUUUUGGGUGGGGGAACAAAAGUAGAAAUUAGAGUAGUUUGCCUUCAAAUUUCUCUGGUUCCCUGAAAAGGGGAAAAAAAAGUCUCAACAAUGUACCCCACUCCUGGAAUUGGGGAUGGCAUUUAGCCCAUAUGAUUGCAACUUAAAAGACACAAUA